ACGUGACUUGACACGCGACAUGGCGGAUGGAGAAGAGAACGAGACUGCAGGUGUAGAAGAUCACGCGAUUUCCGAUAUGCAAGAUGACAUGGUUGAUAACAACAAGAAAAUAUUUCCAGAAGUAAGAAAUUCUGAAGACGAAAAGGAUGAAACAACGUCGUCCAAGGAAGAGGAGAAAAUUGUAAGUUGUAAUGGAGCAACGAAAGUAAAUGAGAAGUCUAGUGGUGAAAACGAAAGAAAAGAGGAAAAGACAGUUGAAGAUAAUGCUAAACUGUCUCAUGUCAGUCAAGAUGACAAUCCUGUAAGGUUAGACGAUCAGAAUGAAGAGAAAGAUGAGAAUGAGAUGAAAGAUGAAAGUGUGACAUGUCAUAAUCAACAUGGAAGUAAAACAAGUGAAGAUGUGAAUGUUGAUGAGAACUUAAGAGGGAAGGAUGAUGGGGAGGAGACAAUGAAUGGAGAUGUGGCGGAGAGAGAGGAUAAUGGGGAGUUUGUGGAAGAUAAAGAUGGAUGGUUGGAUAUACUGGGAGGUGGAGUGUUGAAGAAAAAGGUUUUACAAAAAGGUAAAGGAGAAGAUACAAAACCAAAGCCACCACAGAUAGUAACAAUAAACCUUGAGGAGAGGCUUGAGGAUGGAACAGUUGUCAUUGAGAAAAGAGAAAUAUCGUUCACUGUAAGUGAAGGUGAAGCCUUGCCAGCUGUUGACAUGACUGUCUGUCUGAUGUGUCUUGACGAGGUAGUUCUUGUGGAAAGUGAUGCACGCUUUGCAUACGCUGAACCAGGACUUCCUCCUCACAUCCCACCAAAUGCAAGAAUGCAGUUCAAGAUCGAGCUUACCAAAGUCGAGCCUGCAGAGACGGCAUUCGAUCAACCAAUGGAAAGCUUCGUUGCCAAACUUGAGCAACGAAGAGUAGAAGGAAACAACUUGUUUAAGCAGGGCAACUACCAGCGAGCUGUCAUCGUCUACAAAAAGGUCAUCAGUCGAUUGGAGUCAGUCAAUUUGACAAAAGGCUAUAGUGAGGACAAGGAAGCGGAGAUCGUUCGACCUCUCAAGAUCAGCAGUUUGAACAACUUUGCAGCUGCUUGUCUUCACGUGGAGAUGUACAAGGAGGCAAUAGAAUCGUGUGACCAAGUGCUGGCUAUUGAUCAAGACAAUUCCAAGGCUCAUUUUCGAAAGGCAAAAGCUCUUGCCUCAGUAGGACAACUAGAAGAGAGUAUAGAGAGUUUCCAACGUGCACAAAGACUAGAGCCAAAAGACAGUCUCAUACAUCGACAGUUGAGGGCAGCCCAACAGGAAUUAUCUCGACAGAAUCGAGAACAAAGAGCAAUGUAUGCCAAGAUGAUUGACGGCCUUUCUCAGAACGACUCAAAAGAUGUCAAGGAAUCAAAGCAAGACGACGACAUGACGUCACAGAAUUCAUGGUUUUCUUGGGGCAAGAUGCUGUUGGUUCUGGGAGCCGUAGGUGCUCUGAUUGGUAUCUGGUGGGUGAGAUCGAGUUAGCUCUUGUAGAUCCUGUCAAACAACAAAGGGAUAAUUUGAUUUUUAUUUGGGUCGUGUAGUGA